CAAGACAAAAAUAAAUUAUUCGUGCAACAAACAAUAUUGCAAUAUUAAACGAUAUAAAUACCCGAUAUUUUAUUGAAUAAAGGAAUUAUUAGUGAGUCGAUGAAAACGUCUUCGAUGAAACGUAUUGCAAGAAGUACGAAAAUACUCGUGUAAGUGUAUAAAUAAAAUAUUGUAUAAAAUUAUAGACAUCCAGACAUGUCAUCCUCGCCAGAAAAUACACCGUUGAAACAACCUGUAAGGCACUUGGAAAUCCAAAUUAAUAACUUCAAUGUGGCUAUACCUCAUCAUGUUGAUUUGUUAAAACGACAUAAAGCUAAUAUUCAAAAGUAUGAAGCGCAACAUGAAUGGGAAAAAAUACGCAGGGAACACAUAAAUGUAUCCAGAAUUAUACAACAACUAAAAGAAUUGUUAUAUCAACUGGAUACUUUAAGGGCUCAUGUUGUUGACUCUGAUAUUAAUCAAUUUGAUAAAUUAACAGCUAAUGCUCAAACAAAUAUUAUGAAUACGAUCAAAGAAUAUAUGGAGCUAGAAUUGAAUUUGCCCCUGUCACAGCCACAGUCAUCCAAAGAUGAAGAUCAAUCCAAAAGUGACCCACUUCAAAAUAAAUAUGUCCAGCUGCAGGAAAAACAGCGAGACUUGCAACAUCAAGAGGCAUGUCUGCAUGCUUGGAACACCUUGCAAGGAGAUAUACAUCAACUGCAUCAAUUAUAUGUUGAUUUUAACAAACUUGUAGAUGAUCAAAAGGAACUAGUGAAUACGGCAGAAGAUGACAUAGAAGAAUCAAAUAUAAAUGUAGACCAAGGUGAAAAAUUCCUUAAAAAGGCGAGUAGGUACAAUGUUGCUUUGUAUCCCUUAACAGGAGCUGUACUUGGUACUUGUAUCGGUGGACCAAUUGGUUUAAUAGCUGGAUUAAAAAUUGGUGGACUGACUGCCUUAGGCUGUGGUAUUUUAGGUUUUGCUGGAGCAUCUUUGUUAAAGAAGAAGAAGAUAGACAUGCAGAAAUCAACAACUGUGCCAGAAUAUGAAUUAACUGGACAGCAAACAGCACAAAAAUCAACAUCUUUGCCUGAAAAUUUGAGUGAAACAAAAAAGGAAUUGUGACAUAUGCCAAAAUGUGAUAUUAAUGAUAAGAAGAAAAAAAAGAAUGGAUGCACUGUUGUUUAAUCCCAGAACACUGAUAUUAUAAUGAUGCAAUAUAUGUUUGAAGCAUCAUGGGAUGUUUAUUUUUAAUAUGUAU